GAAAAAGCACUUCUUUACUCCACUCCACUGCAAAUAGUGCUUGCUUUGGGACUAGUGCUAUGGUAGAUCCAGAGCUCAGUUGUCGGUGGCUCUAAACAAUCCACUCUCACCUCAAACUAAAACUGCAGCCCACAACAAACACUCCCACAUGGCCACUCUCUCUGCCUCACUACUUCCACUCUUGUUCAUUGCAAGAAUAUCAGGGCUUAUAGUUGCAAGUUUGGUCAUUUUAUGGGCUCUUGCUUUCCAGUCUAGUUUCCUUCCUCCUUCUUCUUCUCAGGAAGACCUCGUUUAUGCGGUUCUUCAUCCUUUGUUGAUGGUGAUCGGUUUCAUUAUCAUCAGUGGAGAAGCAAUUCUGGUGCACAGAUGGUUGCCUGGCUCUAGACAUUUUAAGAAAUCAGUACAUUUAUGUCUUCAAGGAGUGGCUUUAGCUUCUGGGAUCUUUGGAAUUUGGACAAAGUUCCAUGGCCAAGAUGGAGUUGUGGCUAAUUUCUACAGUCUUCAUUCUUGGAUGGGUUUAAUUUGUGUCAGCUUGUUUGGAGCUCAGUGGAUAGUGGGCUUCUUGAGCUUUUGGCAUCGAGGGGAGGUACGUGCAUCAAGAAUUAGUGUAUUGCCGUGGCAUAUUUUCCUUGGUCUCUACACAUAUGGGUUGGCUGUAGCGACUGCAGAAACAGGUCUUUUAGAGAAACUGACAUUUUUACAAAGCAGAAGAAGUGUAUCUAAACGAUGUCUAGAAUCCAUGGUUGUUAAUAGUUUAGGACUGGGGUUAGCCUUGCUUAGUGGUAUUAUAAUAUUCACGGCUAUUUCGCCCAAGUACCAUGUUCACCAAACUAAACUCAAGUACUCAAAUUCCGGGGCUUCUCUUCUUGAUGAAAGAAGAGAAAAUGAUAGAUCGAGAUAAUUAUAAGAUUCAAUUGUAGAAGUAUGUUUUAUGUGCUAAAGUUGUUCAUUUGUUUUUUGACAGUAAA